AUGGUGCGGACAAAGCGACAAAACACAGCUGCGUUGGAGGAUACGUCCGUCGCGCCAGCGACCUUCAACGAUGGCCUGCCUUUGCCAAAGCUGAUUGCGUUUGAUCUGGAUUACACACUCUGGCCGUUCUGGGUAGACACACAUGUCAGCGCUCCUGUGAAGCCCCGCGAUAACAAUUCGCGCUGUGUGGAUAAAUGGGGCGAAUCCUAUGCCUUCUACCCAGCCGUCUCCUCCAUAAUCCACGCCUGCAAAACCCGCUCCAUCCCCCUGGCCCUCGCAUCACGAACCUGCGCCCCCGACCUCGCCCGCGACCUCCUCAAAGCCCUACACAUAAUCCCCACCUUCACCGACAACCCAGCCGCCAACAAAACACGCACUGUUCGCGCCCUCGAAUACUUUGACUACGUGCAGAUCUUCCCGGCGACCAAGACACAGCAUUUCGCACGUAUUCACCAGGCGAGUGGAGUUGCAUAUGAGGAUAUGUUGUUUUUCGAUGAUGAGGCGAGGAAUCGGAAUGUUGAGACGGAGUUGGGGGUUACGUUCACGUUGGUUAAAGACGGGAUGACGAGAGAGGAGGUUGAUCGGGGGGUUUGGGCUUGGAGGAAGAGGAAUGGUAUUAAGCCCGGGCAGAGGAGGGAUGAGGAGUAA